AUGCUUCGCGGAAAAGCUAUCAAAGGGGUCGCAGCCGGGAUUGGUCUAGCAUCAGAAAGCAUUUCAGCAUACAAUGCAAAUAGACGUGAGAAGAAGGCUCAAAGCUCCGAUGGGCCAGAGACCAACAAUGCCAACACAACGACAACCGACGACGACCUCGCUCGCCAUGAAAGGGUAGUCGAGGAGCAACACGAAGAAGAAUGGGAACUUGACGAAGCACAGGAUGAACUGAAUAGCACUUUGGAGACAGACAAAGCCGCUACAAAUCAAACGCCUGAGCAGCUAGCUGAAUCGUUUCUCCGAAACUAUCCACAACCACCACCUUAUACGCCGACAUCCAAUCCAAGACUUCCGUAUCCGGUGGUUCUUCCACAGCGACGGCCCAAGUCACGUAAACGAGGGUUCAUCAGAGCGUAUGCACCUGCACUAGAAGAAUUCGGCAUUGACCAGGCUAUGUUCCUCGAUUUCUUGGAAACAUCCAAUCGUGCUUGUCAGGCGACUCCGUGGUUACACGCCAUCAACCUGGCAGGAAUCGGCACUAUGUUUUUGCCUAGUGCGAUUGGAAUAGCGGUUAGUAUUGCCAUCCAGCUGACAACUGAUGUUGCGAUAGCAAUGGAUGCGAGAAGAAAAACAAAUUCAUAUUUUGACAAGAUCAAUGAAGAGGUGUUCCGCCCUCGUGGCCUCUACUGUCUACUCAUGACAUGGAAGCCAGAAUCCUCAUCGACGGUCACCAGCUUUGAUCUCAACUCAACAGUUGCCACGUCACUGGACCAUGGUGGGUCAGGGGCGUACAACAAAAUGAAACACAUGUUCAAGUCCUCGCACGGCAACACUUACGGGGAUAUGCCGUUCCCAGAAACCGCUCCUCUCAUCUUCCCAGAUCUCGACGAAUUGGCUGCACAGGGUGUCGAUGGUGAGGCCAGAAUAAAGAGUGCGAAGUCGUCGCGCCGAGAAUUUGUGGCGGAUUAUCUUGAUCGGAGAUCACAGGCUCAAUUUGAAAUGGAACACCCCGAUAAUGCUUUGAACAAGGCGCCAAAGCCUCAAUUCACUUCCCGCUACGCCGAUCCUAGUCAUCCAGCUAGCAGUGGAUCGGCUCUCGGACUGAUCACUGGCGGAUAUAUUACCGGUGACCAACUUAGGGACCUUCGGGGCGAUCGGCGACGAGACAGGUUCGGUCGCGGCCUAGAAUAUGAACCACGGGGUAUGCGAGGGAGCCCCAUUGGGCCAGUGGGAGCUCUAGCAGCUACAGUACGCUUUAUUAAAAAUGGGCGGUCGCCGGAUGAGCCUCACCAGAAUCCUGGUGAAGGACCUCACGAUGAAGAAUAUCGCAGACGAUCUGGCGGCCGAGUGGGUUCACGUAACCCGCGUGAGCGGCUGCAAAACCGAGGGGGCCCCAUUGGCGGUAUACAGAAAUUCCUGAAGAGUAACGUUUUGUACAUGAUGAUCGUCAACCUACCGUCAGAAGAGGAGAUGGCGCAGGCCCGAGCCGCCUUGCGGUCGUAG